CGCUCUGACGAAUGGCUAACGCUCGAAACGUCGGCUUUGAAACUCUUUACGGUAGCCAAUUUACAUUAUCAACUCAGUCGAUAAAACCAAAAUUACCUAGUUACUCUCACCGACGCAGCACCACAGUUUCUCUAGAAACUUACUCCCGCCCGCCUUAAAUUCUAAUACUCGAGGUAAACGUGACUCGAACGGUGGUGCGACGUGACGUUCUUCCCUUCAGGUGUCAGUGAUAAUAAAUUCAGGAUGGAAUGAAAGUUUCGAGAAGGAAUAGUUCUGCUAUUAUUUAAUGCAAAAAAAAAAACUACUCAGCGACGAGUUUCUUUACGUUGCGAUUCAAAAACGUGUUGGCUUCACUCGUGAAUAUAAGGAAGUUGACAUCUUCGAUGUUAAAUCCUGGUUCAUUUGUCACUUUCAUCUGCUUGUUUACUUUGACGAAGUAAAUAGUACGUGUGCGUACGUGAUGUUUCAAACUACACAACUUCCUGUUUUGCUGUUACUAAUAAAAAAUGUUCCAGAGGAAGCUUUUAUUUGAGAAGGAAAUAGGAAUAUAUCGAUGAACGCGAUGUGCAGCAACAAAAUAUUUGGAUGUAUAGAAGAACCGAAAAAAAGAUGACACAAAGCGAAUAAAAUAAUUUAAGCAAAGGAUUCGAUGAGAGGGCCAACGUUGAAGAAGAGUUCGAUGAUUUUAGGUAUUUGUUCGUUUGUUCUAAGUCAGACCUGCUGAAAAUCUUCAGGUCGAGGGGAAGAGCGUUUGAGGAAAUGUUUCAAAUAUUUUGGCACUAGUAGACAACUCUCCUCCACUAAGUGCUUCAAAAACCCAUAUCAAAAUUCACUUUUCGAUGUGUGUUUUUUUGUAGACACUGCCAUCCACGCCGGUUUCUUCCAUGUCAUCUAUGGUCCUCGCUCUGCAAAUGGUACUUGCGUUUUUUGGAACGCUUUUUUGGCUGGUAUGGUACAGGGAUCGCCAAACAUCCGCUGAUAACAAUCCAGUUGUGUCUCAUACUUGUCAGUGUCUGUUCUGUGGGCUUUGUUUGGUUCAAUUCAGAAAACAGAACCGUAAAAUUGUUCAUCCCUCAAAACAGCAAGGCAAUAGAUGACUUGGAGACUGCCGAGAAAUACUUCCGAGUCGACUUUCGAGAGGAAAUCAUCCUACUGGUGGCCUCUCCCAGUAAUCCUAACCCUCUUUCCCCGAUGUGUUUGAAACAGGCCUUCAGAGCUCACGAUGCAGUCAUGGAGCUGAAAUCGUUUUCAGACCUCUGUGUCACGCUGUCGGGAAACAAAUCCAGGUCAACAAACGGAUGUGCGAUGAUUAAUCCACUAGAAUUUUUGCAGUUCAAUGAAAGCAAUUUGAACGGAAAGGACUUACAUGAUGUCCAACGGGAAUUAAGCAAAUCCUACAACGACACAAGGUUACUCAUGCGUAAUGGACGCCCACUCUGGUUGAAUUUCAACCGAAUGUUUGGCAAGGCCACUCGAAAACGUGGAAGCAUAACCGACGCCAAAGCUUUGCAAAUGAUUUAUCUCCUUCGUGAUCCAAGGGACGAUGAUGAGAGUGACAAGAUUCUCAAAUGGGAGAAGGCCUUCAUUGACAAACUAGGCUCGUUAGUGGACAAACUUUCGUGCUUCGAUGUCCAUUAUUCAAGUGAAAGGAGCCUGGAUGAUGCUAUAAGUGCAAGUACCGGAUCUGAUGUUAAACUGGUGUCAAUCACAUUCACCUGCAUGAUCUCUUUUGCUUGCUUCAUGCUGGGCAAGUACCUUAAUCCGUUGACUGGUCACGCUUUACUUGCUAAUGGAGGGGUCUUCGCAGUUGCACUCGGGAUUUUGUCUGGGCUCGGCCUUGGUAUGUGGCUCCGUGUACCUUUUGUUAGUUUGGUGGGGGUGCUACCUUUCUUGGUUCUUGGAAUCGGCAUCGAUGACAUGUUCAUCAUGGUCGACGAACUUGAUCGGCAGCCACGUGACCUGUCGACGACCGGAAAGAUCAAAGCGGUUAUGAAGCAUUCUGGUGCAACAGUUACUAUGACAACUAUGACUGAUUUGGUUGCGUUUGCGGUCAGCACGUCCACCUCAUUUCCCGCCAUCAGGUAAGAUACUUCAAUUGAUAGCCAGUGCUUCUCCAUCUUUGGAAGAUGAAGACAAUAAUCACGGUUUUAAGCAAUGGUGUAAUUGUUUAAAGGAUCCGGAUUUAUCAAGUGACCUCUAUUAAUUUCUUUUAAAACCUCAACUGCAAACCAUUGAAGUGAGAUGUCGAGCUGUGACAGGAGCCAUUGAAUUGAUUUUCUGAUAAAAAUGGUUACAGUUUCGUGGGAUAUCUUUUUUUCCCUUGUAAUUGGCUUCCAAGUUCUAAAAUUUCGUCAAAUGUUGUAGAGUAUUUCAGUGAGAUCGUCUAUAUUAAAACUUAGUUACUUUCUUUUCUCAGGUAUUUCUGUGUUUAUGCUGCCUUGACAGUGACGUUCUCCUUCCUGAUGGUUGUCACAUUCUUUGUGGCCCUUAUGACAUACGACGUUAGACGAAUUAAAUCUGGCCGCCGAGAUUUCCUCCCAUUCUGCCUGGCACCACGGCCAAAAGAGGGUAAACCAGCAUGGGAUGAGCCUCUCCCCCAAACUUCAAAUAAAGUUAUGAAAUACUGGGGCACAUUAUUGACCCUUCCAGUUACAAAAGUUCUGGUUAUACUCUUCUCUCUUUCACUGCUUGGUGCCGGGAUAUACGGAGUCACUCAGGUGGAUGAGUCAUUUGAUAGACGUGUAUUGGCCAGAGAUGAUUCCUACUUGAGGCAGUUUUUGACAGCUCAAGGAAAGUACUUUGAGCUGUCCAUUGGAGUGAGUAUCGUGCAGACUGGUGAGGUUGAUUACCAAUUGAGGUCCACGCAGAGCGACAUUAAAGAAUUAACGAACAUAUUCAAGGAAAAUGAAUAUUACAAGAACCAAUCACUAUCCUGGAUGGAUGCAUUUGCCCAGUAUGCUAAGAAGUCGAAGAGAAACAUUACUGGCCCAGGUUUUCUACGAGAAUUGAAAACAUUCCUUCGUAUUCCUGAGUUCUCGUAUUUCACACAGGACGUGAAGUUAUCCGAGGAUGAGACCAAAAUAGAAGCUUCUCGCGUAGUAGGCUAUAUGAAGGAUUCGGGUAGCUCCACCUUCCAGAAAAACGCUAUGCUCACACUCCGUGAAGACAUAUCAAAGAAGUCCAAACUGAAUGCCUUUCCAAUCACUCGAUCCUUUAUAUUCUUUGAACAAUACUCAAUUACGUCACGCGAGACCCUGAGAAACCUGAUAAUCGCAGGCUUAACGGUGGUAAUUGUCACAAGCCCCUUUUUGAUGGAUUUUACUGUGACGUUCGUGGUGGUGCUUAACUUCGCAGCGCUGGUUUGCGAGUUAUUUGGUUUGAUGGUAAUCUGGGAUGUGUCUCUGAACUCUGUUUCCAUGAUUAACCUGGUAAUGGCCAUCGGAUUUGCAGUUGACUACAGUGCUCACAUUGCCCAUGCUUACAUUACGUCAAGCAAAGUCACAGCCGAUGAGCGAGUUGUGGAUGCUCUGAGCACGUUGGGCGCAAGUGUUUUCAUGGGAGGUACGUCAGAAGCUAAAUUAAUUGUUGUAAAACAUCGCCGAGAAAAGUAAGCACUUACAAACAUAUUGACAUUCUUGUGUUUCUGGAGUGUAUAACAGGUUUAAAAGACUGUGGCCCUGUUUCGGUAGGAGGUAUUGGAAGAAAAUUUGGAUCUAUUGAGUUGAUAAUGAAAAUUGGCCACCAUAAAUAAAUUAUGGAGCUGAUUUUUUGAGCCAAUCUUCUCCAACGAAGGGCUGACGCUCAAAACAUCAGCUCUAUAAUCUCUUUACAAUGUCUAAUGGUCUUUAUCAACUCAGUUGAUAAAAUCAAAAUUUCUCGGAUAUACCGCGGUUGAUUAAAAAAUCUAUCCUUAGUUUUAUUCAAGAAACCACUUAAAGUGAGAUUAAUUUCUGCUUCAAGUAACUUCCAUCACUUAACGUUUGUAGUGCUAUGCCCGUCGCAAAAUCUGCUGAUCUUUUCUUCUUGACAUGUUUUAGGAGUCAGUACGUUCCUUGGUAUGGUUGUACUUGCAUUUGCUGCAUCUGAGAUAUUCCGAAUUUUCUUCCGAAUGUUCUUUGGCAUCGUCAUGCUAGGACUACUUCAUGGCUUGUGCAUCAUGCCUGUUUAUCUGUCUUUGCUGUGCUGGAGACCCGCUCUUAUCAGACGUCCCUCAGUAACAGACACAAGUGAAAAACUUGGAAGCACAGACAUGACAGAUAAUAUUACCAACACCAAUGGUUUCUUGGAAGUGGUGAAAUCUUCCGGGGAUACAUCAUUUCAGCCGCCACAACACUCAAACUCAAAAGAGGAAGCCGACAUCUCACUCAAUGUAAAACCAGCCAACCAGCAGAUACAGACAAAUGAAGCUGAGAAAGGAAUUCAAAAUAUGGGGAUUGAUGAGGAUGACGACGACGCUGAGACGGUGGAGGUAGAAGGCGACGUUUAAAAAUGCAGCUAGACUGAAAUUUGAAGUGACUCUUUAACGAAAUACCCAGAUUGCAAGUUUAGUCAGCUCAGAAAGGAAAAUAAUAGCACCUUUUCUGAGAUUAAUAGUUUCAUUUUACAAGCGAAGCUUUCAGUGUCUUUUACUAGAAAGUCUUUAAAAUUGGAGAAACCAUUCUGGGUCAGCCUAACUGACAUGAAGAAAAUCAAACCUGGUAGGAGCUUACGACCGUCCAAAUAUUGUAAAGUCGAUGUUUAAUUUUGCUUCCAAACAAAAAAGAUAGGGAGUGUGAGGAGGCUACACACUCAAAACUUCUUCCAUCUGAAGAAUAGUGCACUUGUGGGUUUGGUCUCCAUAUUUCAUAUAUAUGUAUAUUUUGGUUAUGACUGUUGAUGUGUCUUGUAAACAGAAUAAAGAACCAAUUUAUCGCUUGAAAUAACCUAAUAAACUUUUAGAUGAAUGUCAUUAAUCAGUUUGGAGUUUAAGUUAAAGCAAAACAUUUCUUGUUAUUCAAAAACAAGUGAGCUUUUCACAGUAAUCCUUGGAUGCUUUCAUUAAGUUAGCAACAGCAGGCUCUUUCUAUUUAGGCCUAGUAAAUUCGUUUCCAGUUUAGAAGAAAUUACAAAAAAAACCUACAUAGGUUCACUCACAAAGGAAAGAAACUAUGUGCUAAAUAGACUUAAGUACACAGCUGUUUGUGUUAAGAGAUUGUUGCAGUGCAAAGUGAAAAGUGCCAGGCAUUAAUUAGCCAAUUGAAAGAACAAUAUUCUUUAUCAAAAAUGCCCCUUUCACCCCAAACAUAUAUUGCCUAUAAUCAACACUUUCCUUGAUAGAAAGUUAGGAUUAUUUUGUAUAAAAAAAUGUACAUAUUUAAAUGCA